UUAAUAAUCCUUCGAACUCUUUCUGUUCCUCAACUCCGGUCGUAUUUUAAUUUCAUACUUUCGCUUUCAUUCACUGUCUCCUCGCCGUCCACCUACCAGAUCUAGCGAUCCGGCUAUCUCCGUCGGCGACAUCGCCCUCUGCCUCGCCGGCGCUUCCAAGUUAUCCUGCACAUUGCCUAGUGACAAAAUUGUGAUGAGAAGUGUAUUUUUCGAUGCAAAGAAAUGCUUCUUAUUUGCAAGCAUGGCAGCUCUACAGGUUGGAAAGAAGGGAUUUUGCAUAUCAAUUGUAAAGUCAAUGUAGUAAGGCUCUGUGGAGGAAAGUACAUAAAGCCUUGGAGGUAGCCAUUUGGUACAAGCAAAGAAUGCCGGUCUUGCGCUCCAGAGCAGCAUCAGGAAGGCCAAUAUGGAUUAUUGUCUUGGUGUCCCUGGUGUGUUUCUCAUUGAUUGUGGCUUACAUCUAUCCACCUCAGAGUUACUCCAACUGUUAUUUCUUUGCCUCAAGCGUUUGUAGCCCGUUCAAGGAUUGGCUUCCUCCAAUAAACCCCCGUGUGCUUACUGAUGAAGAGAUUGCUUCUCGGGUCGUUUUCAAAGACAUCCUGUCCAUGCCACUUGCCAAAGUGAACAUUCCUAAAGUUGCUUUCUUGUUUUUAACUCCAGGUUCAUUGCCUUUUGAAAAGCUAUGGGAGAAAUUUUUUGAGGGCCAUGAGGGUAAAUACUCUAUUUAUGUACAUGCGUCGAGAGAAAAAUCAGUACACAUCAGCCCCAUUUUCAUUGGACGCGACAUUCGUAGUGCGAAGGUGGUUUGGGGAAAAAUUUCUAUGGUUGAUGCUGAGAAAAGACUUUUGGCAAAUGCUUUGCAAGACAUAGAUAAUCAACAAUUUGUGUUACUUUCAGACAGCUGCAUUCCAUUGCAUAGUUUCGAUUAUGUGUACAAUUAUCUAAUGUUGACUAAUGUGAGCUUUAUUGACUGUUUUGAAGAUCCUGGACCACUGGGAACAGGCAGGUAUUCUACACACAUGAUGCCUGAGGUUGAGGAGAACAGCUUCAGGAAGGGUGCACAGUGGUUCUCAGUGAAGAGGCAGCAUGCUUUGUUAAUCUUGGCAGAUAACUUGUAUUACACAAAAUUCAAGCUUUAUUGCAAGCCUGGCAUGGAAGGACGCAAUUGCUAUGCCGAUGAACAUUAUUUGCCAACCCUGUUCUAUAUGAUUGAUCCUGCUGGCAUAGCAAAUUGGUCUGUCACUCAUGUUGAUUGGUCUGAAGGAAAAUGGCAUCCAAAAGCAUAUCAGGCUAAAGAUGUCACCUAUGAGCUCUUGAAGAAUAUUACAUCUAUUGAUGAGAAUUAUCAUGUCACAAGUGAUGAAAAGAAAGUAGAGCAGAUAAAACCUUGCCUAUGGAAUGGAGAGAGGAGACCAUGCUACUUGUUUGCUCGUAAAUUUUACCCUGAAACCCUAAAGAAGCUAUUGCAUUUGCUUCCUAUUUACACUGAAUUAUGAACAAUCCUUGUGGUCAUCAUUCUUUUGGAAGCAUGGACCUUCAUCUUGACUUCCUCAAAUUCAGAUUCAGAAAGAGACAAGAAUGUUAAUUGAGCAGGAUUAUGGUAGCUAGCUACUAUUAUGAUAGUUGCCUUUCUCCCUCAAUCUUUUUUUUUUUUUUUUUUUACUUUUCAAUUGAUGCCAAUCUUAGUUUUUAUAUUUUUAUUUCACCUCUUUAAGUUGAUUUAUGUUUAUUCUUAUUAGAGGUUAUGCAUAAAAGAACAGCAAAUUUUGUCAACCAUUUUAACAUGUAUAAUUUAAUCCCAUUUUUGUAGA